AUGACAACUAAGCGGAAUUUGUUUGUGCGGCUGGUGCCAUGCCGCUGUCUGCGUGGAGAGGAAGAAACAGUCACUACGCUUGAUUAUUCUCACUGCAGCCUGGAACAGGUGCCUAAGGAGAUUUUUACUUUUGAAAAGACCUUGGAAGAACUCUAUUUAGAUGCUAAUCAGAUUGAAGAGCUUCCAAAGCAACUUUUUAACUGUCAGUCUCUGCACAAGCUGAGUUUACCAGACAAUGAUCUAACCACAUUGCCAGCAUCCAUUGCAAAUCUCAUUAAUCUCAGGGAACUGGAUGUCAGCAAGAAUGGCAUACAGGAGUUUCCAGAAAAUAUAAAAAACUGUAAAGUCUUGACAGUUGUUGAGGCCAGCGUAAAUCCUAUUUCAAAGCUUCCAGAUGGAUUUUCCCAACUGUUAAACCUAACGCAGCUGUACCUGAAUGAUGCUUUUCUUGAGUUUUUGCCAGCCAAUUUUGGGAGAUUAACUAAACUCCAGAUAUUGGAACUUAGAGAAAACCAGUUAAAAAUAUUGCCAAAAACCAUGUCCAGACUGACUCAGCUGGAGAGACUGGACUUAGGAAGUAAUGAAUUCACAGAAGUGCCUGAAGUACUUGAACAACUGAGUGGGUUAAAGGAAUUUUGGAUGGAUGGUAAUAGACUAACACUUAUUCCAGGGUUCAUCGGCACUUUGAAACAGCUGACCUACUUGGAUGUUUCUAAAAACAACAUUGAAGUAGUUGAAGAAGGUAUUUCAGGUUGUGAAAGCCUGCAAGACCUGCUGUUAUCCAGCAAUUCACUUCAGCAACUGCCAGAGUCUCUUGGUUCCCUGAAGAAGGUAACAACGCUUAAAAUUGAUGAAAACCAGUUAAUUUAUUUGCCAGACUCCAUAGGAGGGUUAACAUCAUUAGAAGAACUGGACUGUAGUUUCAAUGAGAUUGAAACAUUGCCUUCAUCUGUUGGGCAGCUCUCUAAUAUAAGGACAUUUGCUGCAGAUCAUAACUUUUUAACACAACUGCCAUCAGAGAUUGGAAACUGGAAGCAUGUAACAGUGUUGUUUCUGCAUUCUAAUAAGCUUGAAUUUCUCCCUGAAGAAAUGGGUGAUAUGCAGAAAUUAAAAGUCAUCAAUCUGAGCGACAAUAGACUGAAGAAUUUGCCGUUUACCUUUACAAAACUGCAACAGCUCACUGCUAUGUGGCUAUCAGACAAUCAGUCUAAACCACUUAUCCCUCUUCAAAAAGAAGCUGACCCUGACACACAGAAAGCAGUGCUUACUAAUUACAUGUUCCCCCAGCAACCAAGGACUGAGGAUGUUAUGUUCAUAUCUGAUAAUGAAAGUUUCAAUCCAUCUCUGUGGGAGGAACAGCGGAAACAGCGUGCUCAGGUGGCAUUUGAGUGUGACGAAGACAAAGAUGAGAGAGAGGCACCACCUCGGGAAGGCAACCUGAAGAGAUAUCCAACUCCAUACCCUGAUGAACUGAAGAAUAUGGUCAAAACAGUCCAGACAAUUGUGCAUAGGCUAAAGGAUGAAGAAUCUACUGAAGAUAUUGCCAAGGAGUCAAAACGAGAAAGCCAGACAGUUUCUGUAAAAGAUGUGGGGGUAAAGACUUCAGAAACUGCUUCAAUAAAGAACAAAGCAGAUGAGAGAAAGCAAUAUUCAGGAAGCUCUGUGCAGAAGCCUAUUGAACCAGAAGCCGAGCACAGCACUGCAAAUCCACAGAUGACUGCACUUGUUAAAACCUCGCAAAGCACAAAAACAAUUGUCAACCAUGAAGACACGCUUGAGGAGUCAGAAGAACUAUCCUCUGAUGAAGAGAUGAAAAUGGCAGAAAUGCGACCACCGCUGAUAGAAACCUCCAUAAACCAACCAAAAGUGGUAGCUCUUAGCAAUAACAAAAAAGAUGAUUUGAAGGAUGCUGAUUCCUUAUCAGAUGAAGCUACCCACAAUAGCAAUCAAAAUAACAGCAACUGUUCCUCUCCUUCUCGAAUGUCAGAUUCUGUUUCCUUAAAUACUGAUAGUAGCCAAGAUAUUUCUCUCUGUUCUCCAGACAAAGAAACACAUGCUGCUGUUCUAUCCAAGAUCAGACGAGAAGAUGAAAAUUUGAAUAAUCUUUUGCAAAAUGGAGGUGAAUUGAGCAUUACAGUGGAAGAAAAAAUAAAUGUGCAAGAGAAGAUUACAAAUUUGUCUGAAUAUGAAUUAAGCAUUGAAGAAAGAUUAGGCCUGGUAGGAAAAAGUGUUGAUCUAAGCACUCCUAUGGAGGAGUUUCACAAAUUAGAUCAAAUAAACAUGAAUAUCAAUAAACUAGUUAGUGAAGAGACAGGGCCAGUUCCUGUAGAAACAUUACAAACACGGGAAAUAAUUUCAGUAAAGGGCUUUUUGAAUAACAACACGCCAGAAGAAAGUGAGCAUGUGGAAAACGGAGAUAAAUAUCCUGUAAAUAAAGUAAAUGGACAUCCUGAGGAAGCAGUACCGUCUCCCAGUAAAGACAAACUAAUGAGAAGCACUACAGUUGAUGGUGAUUCUGCUGAGCUGUCUGUUUCAAGGAGCACUGAAGAUUUGUCCCCACAGAGAAGCGGUCCUGUGAUGAAAUCUCACAGCAUCACCAGUAUGGACACUGGUGGUCCGAAAAUCUAUGAUAUUGUCAGUGAGAAUGGAUCUCAACAGCCAAACUCAGCGGUAAAAUCAGCAUCUGGUAGUGCAGAUGGAAAAAACAUAGUCCGAAGUAAAUCUGCUACUCUUCUGUAUGAUCAGCCUUUGCAGGUUUUUCCUGGGUCCUCAUCAUCAUCUGAUUUAGUAUCUUCUGCAAAAACUGUGUUCAAGUUUGACUCGAAUCACAAUCCUGAAGGUGCUAAUGUAGUGAGAGGAUCAGUGACAAGCGGUGCACAGAUGUUCUGCGCUCCCCAGUAUAAUAUUCAGUACAGCAGCAGUGCAACAGCAAAAGACACCUUGUGGCCCCAGAAACAAAACACCCAAGUGGAGCAAGGCAGCUUACCUCCUUCACGUCUGCUUAGGUCUGACAGUACAGAAACCCCCAGCUAUAUAAAGCAUUCCGUCAAUAUGAAUUUCUCGAAUCAUAACAAUGUCCGUGCUAGCACUGUGUAUAACACUCAUCAACGGAUGGCUGGGAGACAUAAAGAUAUGUGGGCUGUUCCACUGAAUGAUAGACUGCUCCCAGGAGCAACCAGACACACUCUUCAAAGGCAGAGCAGUGUCUCUUCUACAGCUUCUAUAAAUGUUGGGGAUACUGGACCUUCAAGGCGGACGCAGGUUCUUGAAGGUGACUAUUUAACAUACAGGGAUUUGCAUUCAAUGGGAAGAGCUCCACCAGUAAUGUCUGGGCAACAGAGACCUCUUUCUGCCAGGACCUAUAGCAUUGACGGUCCAAAUGUUGCCCGACCACAGAGUGCUCGGCAGUCGGUGAAUGAAAUACCGGAAAGAACUAUGUCAGUUAGUGAUUUCAAUUACUCACGGACUAGCCCUUCAAAGAGGUCCAACUCAAGGGUUAACUCUGAACACUCUUUAUUAGACCCUCCAGGAAAAACUAAAGUCCCUCACGACUGGAGGGAACAGGUGCUGCGACAUAUUGAGGCUAAAAAGCUAGAAAAGAGCAUGCUGUCUAGGUCCUUUAAUUCCAAUUAUGCUGCAGUUAGCAGCUUUCACUAUGGCAGCUCUAGGGAUCUGCAUGGCAGCCAGGGUAGUGUUGCCUUGAGUGUUGCAGACGGAAGAGGUUCUGGUGUGCACAUUGUUCGAAUACCUUUGACAAAUGGACAAAUGUGUCAGCCUCAAAGACCUCAGGCAAACUACAGCCAAGUCCAUCAUCUCCCUCCUCAAUCAUCAGUAGCAAGACAUCCAUCUAGAGAGCAAUUAAUUGAUUAUCUGAUGUUGAAAGUUGCCCACCAACCUCCCUAUACCCAGUCCCAGUGUUCUUCCAGACAAAGCCGUGAGUUGGCAAAGCAAGAAAUUCGAGUGAGAAUUGACAAGGAUCCAGAACUUGGAUUUAGUAUAUCAGGAGGAGUUGGUGGUAGAGGGAAUCCAUUCAGACCUGAAGAUGAUGGUAUAUUUGUAACCAGAGUGCAACCAGAAGGACCAGCAUCUAAGUUGUUGCAGCCUGGAGAUAAAAUAAUUCAGGCUAAUGGAUACAGCUUCAUCAAUAUUGAUCAUGGACAAGCAGUAUCUUUGCUAAAGACUUUUCAGAAUGCAGUGGAACUCAUCAUUGUUCGAGAAGUUUCUUCAUAAAUACUGUGGAUUGGGGGAAAAGCCAGCAGGAUUCAUUGAAGGACUUAAGGGAAACUGAAUAUUUUGCCUAUUUUUAUACAUGAGAGGAACUUGAAAAGAAUUAUGAUCAAAAUUUGUACAGGAGAUACUGAAUUUGUGGUUAAAGGGGAAUAAACCACUGUACAGAACGUACAGGAAAUCAUUUUGGAAAUGCAUAUGGGGAAUAAACUUGUUUUUAAGCAUUAUAGCAAUCUAAGGAUCACUUCUCCAAGAACAAACCUGUGUUGUUUUUUUUGUACAGAUGGUAGGUUUAUUUUUGGAUAAUUAUACACAUUACUAAACUUUGCGCAAGGCUUUGUGAAGCCUCAGUUGUAGCCAAUGGACAGAUGGCAGGGCUGUCUGUCCUGUAGCUGUUUAUUGCCUUUAUUUUUAUUCACCAGAUAUUAAUGUGUUAUGCUGAAACCACUUCUGUAGAUAUGGACAGGAGAUAUGAAACAUUGGCUUUGCUAUGUGCACAUUGUAUAGAUGAAUGGGUAGAUGGAACGUGGUGCUGGUUGGACAGAAUAAAGGUCAGGUGAAACAACUGUCUGCUAUCUAAAUCUGGAAUCAGGAAAGAAGAAAAAGUAUUUUGUUCUGGAGUGUACGUCUACCGAUAG